AUGAAGGUAGAUUUUUGUUUACUUACUCUUGUUCAUAGUAUGUAAUCUAUAUAAUUUUUUGGCUAAAUUUCUUAUGGCCGUUAUACGCGCCAUUUUCAUAUGAAAUUUCAAAUUAUGAAGUUGCCACACUAAAAUCUGCGUUUUGAACCUAUAUUUUGUUUCCACAUACCAAAUCAAAAUUACAUGCAUAUGCAUGAUAAGAAAUAAAUGCAACGCAUUAUAAGAAUUAGUAGUAUUAAAAUUAAUACCCUUAAAAAUUAAAGAAAAAAUAUAUUUUGAUUAUGCCAACUCUUAUCAUAGAAAGCAUUAGCAUUUUUAUAUCCACCUUAUUGAUCAACCUUAUAUACACAGUGAUUUCUCCAUUCUACCCCAUAAUUGCGCAAGAUAAAGGAAUGCCUGACUGAUUGGUAGGCGUGGUCUUUAUGAUCAUGCCUGCAUGUGGCUUUUUAGUCUCACCAACGAUCGGAGAAAAUCUUUCUCACAUUGGUCGUAGAAAUGUUCUCGCUCUUGGAAUGGUUUUUGGUGUAACUUAUAUAUAGGCAAUAUCUUUGAUCAUUCUUACUAUAGUCUCAAACUAUUCACUAACGAUUUUUACUUUUCUAAGUCUAGUAUCCAGAGCUUUGGGAGGUAUAGGAGUUUCAGCGGUUUAUAUCGCAGGAUUUUCAAUUAUAGUUAACGAUUAUAACAGCACAAAAGACCAAAAUAUAUCGACUUUAGAAGUUUUCUCUGGCUUUGGUAUGAUGAUUGGGCCUGUCUUUGGCUCAUUCUGCUAUAACUUUCUGGGAGCAGGUGGUUGUUUCACACUGUCAGCAAUACUCCAUUUAUUGCCUUUACCGAUGAUUCUGAUGUAUAUUAAAAACAAAAGUCCAGAAAUCGAAGAAAAAGAAGAAAUCACUUGUUGGGGAUUAUUAAAAAAGAGGAGCAUAUUUUUAGAUAUAAUGGUAGGGCUAUUCACAAAUAUUGUAUAUAAUUUCUUUGAUCCUUGUUUAGGACCAUUCUUGAAGAAUGAAGGAUACUCUGACCUGGAGAUUGGCUAUGUUUUUAUGGCGUCUACUAUUGCUUAUACAUUAGGCAGUAUAUAUUUAGUUUUUUAUUUAAAAAAUGCAAACAAGCAUUUGCUAAUGCUAAUAAGUGUAGCUUUAGCGAUUAUUGGGCUAGCAAUGACAGGCCCUUUAGAACAAAUAAUGAAACAGCCAAUUCUUUCUGCAUUGGGGAUGUGCUUAAUAGCUCUUGGAGGCUGCUUAGGAUUUAUAAUUCCUUUGCCGUAUAUUUUAGACUCUGCAGAAGAUCUUGGAAUCCCUGAAGGCUCUCAGUUGUAUGAUUCUUUGUCUACAGUUUUUAAUUGUUCAAUAAGCUUGGGAGAAAUUCUUGGUCCUUUAUUUGCAGGAAUUUUGGUUUCUAUGAUUGGGUUUUCAAGCAGCUGUACUCUGAUGGGUAUUUUUGGAUUUAUAUUUUUAAUAUGAUACGUAGCUCUCAGAAAAACUAAUCCAUCAAAAUUGAAUAUUGUAAACACAUAUACUCCUGAGGCAUCAAUUGAAAUGGCUUCCUUACAUGAAGUUUAA